CGAGUCAGUUUCAGUAAAAUCUUCAAAAUCUAACUUUUUUCCAGACUUUUUCUGAAAUAUUUCCUGUUUUCAUCACAUAUUUCUGCCUGUAACGUCUUCAGAUUGUGAAAAAUAUUUUUAUUUGUUCUCGGAUUCAUUUUUACUUUAUGUGUCACGAAGUUGUGUACAAAUUUUCAACUUUCUAACAUCAGUUUUAACUGAUUGUGAGUGCUGCUAGUACUUAUUUUUUUGCACAGAAGCUCAUCAUUAAUGACCAUAUGUGCUUUGAAUGAUUUAAGUUAGUUCACAAUUAUGGUAAUCUUUCCAUCAAAAUCCGGCGCUUACAAGUAUAAGUAAAAUACACCUGCACCUAUGUUCAAUUAAUCAUUUUAUGCAAGGGAAUUUAGGUUGAGACUCUCCCUUCAAAAGGAUGGUGGCAACCUCUUGACAAGCAUCUUCCAAUCUUCAUGUGAAGCAUUUCUUAUUCUGUGUGCAAAACGCUCAUCUCAAAGUUCCAAUGAGUAAUCUGGAGACGUGGGUUGAUGGCCCUGCGGACGGUGAAAGUACAGAUCCUGUGUCAAAGAAAACAGCUGCCCUUCAAAAAUUGCGAAACUGGAUCAAUAAAAUGAUGAGAAUUGAAAUGACUGAUACACGAAUAUUGGUCGGCCGAUUUAUCUGCACUGAUCGAGAUGGGAACACGAUCAUGGCAUCCUGUCAUGAAUACCUGAAUCCUGAUGUGUGUGGAUUUUCUGAUGAACCAAGACUACUUGGCCUUGUCAUGGUCCCAGGACGGCAUAUAGUAUCUGUUUCCAUCUUCAAAUAGUGUUUUGAUUGAUCACUGCUAAACGAGUGAGCAAUAAUUUCUGAGAAAACACCACUUGAUUGUACAUUAUGGUUUUUGAAACAACGCAAAUACAUACAAUAUUUUGUUCCUUUUUUGAAA